AUGGCCCCACUCUCAUCUUUCCUGAGGUCUUCUACUCCCCGUCUUACUCUUACUUUGGAAGGCAAAUCAUGUCUCGAUCUCGACUUUGACACGUCAUACCCCCUCGUCAUCACAAUCACGCGGGAUGAAGAUGAUCCCCACACACAACCAUGCAUCAUUCACUGGAACCCUAUUGAGGAUGCCUUUGGCCAGCCCGGUAUAAUGCUAGUUCGUUCCAAUCGUGACUUCACGGAGGACCUGCAACCCGUUCAAGUCGAUUCUAGCCACCUGCGGGCAAAAUCCCUGCACCCAAGAGAAGUAUCCAGGUCAGAUCCGUGCUUCAAGGAAUUGUACCCAGGCUCCAGCGUCUCCUGGGAGCUGGACUUGCCGUCUGUCUAUUUCAAUUCCCUCCGACCAGGAGAACGUUACAGAAUCCUCUGGGUAGGCGGACAAAUCUCUUUGUGGGACUGGGGCACAUUAGCGCAGCACAGUGGCCGCACACUCAGCCCCAAGAGCCUCCCAGUGAUCCUACCGGGCGGGCCACACCAGUUACUGAGGAUUCUCGAGGUGGAAAGCGAUAUAGACGAAGUGGGCCCGUUGCCGCCUUCUCCCGCGCCCAUUUUGGCAUCUGGCAGGGUGAGCGGCGCCCCGGUCUUCAGCCUCACCAUCGCAGGACCUGCUACGCUAUCGAUGAGAGAUCGCAAUUCACGGGGUCGGCUGCGCUAUCCAGUCACAAUGACGCUGUCGUAUGACGCAGCUCCGGAUGGCUUAGACAGAAAGCCAGUCACAUUUCAUACGCCCAUAUUCAAAGAUAUCGAUAGCCGCCAGGGGGGCUUCAGGCUCUACCUUAGAGAAAAGUGCCACUGGAGCCCACAUGAACUUCCCGGCAGUUUUACAUAUCACAGGUACAGAUUUUCCAAGUCCGUCCCAGUAAAUGUCGGCCGCAACGAGCAAGAUGAAUUCGUGGCCCUGGUGCCUGGUGAGUCCUGGUCAUUCACGCGGGAGGUGACUGAUUUCCCGAAGCAUGCAGCGCCUGGUGACGAAUUCCGGUACAGGUUUAAGGGUGCGCAGCUGGACUGGUGGGAUUGGGGACACCUUGGGGAUCAUGAAAAUACCGUGGUGUGGGUUAAUUACUUGGUUCGCGAUCCAAAAGACAAUGGGGGCCGGCCAGGGCUUGUGGUCCCGGCUAGUAACUGGGUCGAGUUUACGAUGGUUGAAUGA